UUUCUGCGGGAGAACCCGCAGCAGCGAACAUGGCGCCUCCCGUGCGGUUCUGCGUCCCCGGCGAGCGGCUGUGCAGCACGGAGGAGGCCACGGCUGGCAGCGGGACCUACACCCGGCACGGCUUCAUCUUCUCCUCACUUGCUGGCUGCCUGGAGAAGAGGAGCGAGGACAGCGGGCUGCCUGUGGUGUCGGUGGUGAGGGACGCCGAGUCCCAGCUCCUGCCUGACGUGGGGGCCGUGGUCACGUGCAAGGUCUGCAGCAUUAACUCCCGCUUUGCCAAGGUGCACAUCCUGUACGUUGGAUCCACGCCGCUGAAAUCUACCUUCCGGGGGACCAUACGGAGAGAAGAUAUUCGAGCCACGGAGAAAGAUAAGGUAGAAGUGUACAAGAGUUUCCGCCCUGGGGACAUAGUCCUGGCUAAAGUUAUCUCCCUGGGGGACGCGCAGUCCAACUACCUGCUGAGCACGGCAGAGAACGAGCUGGGCGUCGUAGUGGCACGAAGCGAGGCAGGUAGGGACCAGCCCUGGGUCACCCCAUGCAGCCCCCCCCUUGCCACACAGGGGACCUCGAUUCUGGGCAGGGGAUCCCCUGAGCCAUGUGCUGUCCCCAGGGGUGCAGAUGGUGCCCAUCAGCUGGUGCGAGAUGCAGUGCCCACGGACACACACCAAGGACUUCCGUAAGGUGGCCCGUGUGCAGCCCCAGUUCCUGCAGACGUAACGGGCUCUGCGGGGCCCUGGGGGCUGCUGGGCUCCACUCUCCUCCUGAGCAAAAGGCUGCAACAGCCCCACGGGCCCUUUCUCCCAGCGUACAUUUCUAUUACUGGAUAAUAAAUAUGUUUUGGAA